UCUAUUCCUUUUUUAAACCGCUUUGUAUUAAUUUAAAAAGAAGACAACUAUCUUUCACGUCUGUGUUCAUAUUAUUUUUUAGACAUUUAUACAAGUAGGAAUAAACAUCAAUUCCAUCUUACUUGAAUAUACGCCUUUUGGAUAAGAUUUGGUUAACUGUAAAAAGUGUGGAAGAAUAAUGCAAAAUGUGUCGCACCAUUCAGUCGCUAAUACAGACCGUCAUAUGUGCGCUACAAAUGAUCACACGGAUCUUCAUGACGGUGCUCCUGAUGAUUGAGAACAUGAUCAGGAUGCUGCUGCAGUCAAUAUACAACUUUAUAUCGACGAUACUUCAAAUAAUAUCUCUGAUACCGAUCUGCUGCAUAUUCAUGUUGACGGCUAAGAUGCGCUGUCUGUUGUGUGGCGGAGGCGGCGGCGGCUGUGGCGGCGGAGGCGGCGGGGGCUUUGUUGGCUGCUUCCUCUCUGUAAUCUUCUUUAUCUUCUUAUUUAAAGCUCUGCGGCACUACGGCCUCGCUGACAAAUUUAUGGCGCGCCUGGGCUAUUCCAGGGUUUGGAAAUACGAGGGUAAAACCUUCACCGCGCCGCCCUCGCCCGACUUUCUUAAGACAUCCCCCAACGUUACCACGACGCCAAAGCCCUCGGGCAGAAUGGGCCCCGAAGCUACCGAUGAGGAUAUUAAAAAUUAUAUCUUCGAUGAUUUUGAAAGUAGUACGACGACAGCCAUAACAACUUUACAAAUAGCGGACACAUACGCUGCCACUGAGUAUAGUAAAAUUGGUAACUUGUCCACUACGCUGUAUUAUUUAUUCUGAACGGUUUACUAUUUUGGGAAAUCAUUGAUUUUUUUUUAAAUAAAGACAAAAAAUUUUAUAGUCA